AUGGAUAUUACAAAUCUGGGUUCGAACACCCCUGAAGAUGCCGUGGAAGUGAAGGUGGCGGUGGCGCCGGGAGAUGUUAUCAUUCUGGGGACAGAUGGAGUUUUCGAUAACUUGUUUGCAUGGGAGAUAGAAGAAGUUUUGGAGGAGAAAGAGUUUAUGGAUUUGCAUAGUUUGGGUGUUUAUAUUGCUUCGUUGGCAGUUUAUAACUCUUUUGAUGAGUUUCGAGAGACUCCUUUCUCUGUGGCAUCUACUGAGACUGGCGAGCCCUGCACAGGAGGGAAGUUUGAUGAUAUUACUGUGGUCAUUGCUAGGAUUGUUGAUGUGAAAUGA